AUGGCCUGGGCCGCUAUGGCAGCAGCAAGACUGGGCCUCGGUCGGGCCGCUCCGCUCUUCCUCCGGCGCGGCUACCAGACAGAGAGGGGUGUCUAUGGCUACCGGCCGAGGAAGCCCGAGAGCCGGGAGCCCGAGGGCGGCCUGGCGCGCCCCCCAGUGGACCAUGGCCUUGCCAGGUUGGUGACGGUGUAUUGUGAGCAUGGGCAUAAAGCUGCCAAAAUCAACCCGCUCUUCAAUGGUCAAGCCCUACAGGAAAGCGUGCCUGAAAUCCAAGCCCUGCUGCAGACUCUGCAGGGACCCUUUAAUACCACAGGAUUAUUGAACAUGGGGAAGGAGGAGGCCUCUCUUGAGGAAGUUGUCGCCUAUCUCAACCAGAUAUACUGUGGGCAGAUUUCUAUCGAAACCUCUCAGCUUCAGAGCCAGGAGGAGAAAGACUGGUUCGCCAAGCGGUUUGAGGAACUGAAGAAGGAGGCAUUUACCACAGAAGAGCGAAAACACCUGUCAAAACUAAUGUUAGAAUCUCAGGAGUUUGACCACUUUUUGGCCACCAAGUUUGCCACAGUGAAGCGAUACGGAGGCGAAGGAGCAGAAAGCAUGAUGGGCUUUUUCUACGAGCUGCUGAAAAUGGCAGCUUACAGCGGGGUAACGGAUGUUAUUAUUGGGAUGCCCCAUAGAGGGAGGCUGAACUUGCUGACAGGCCUUCUGCAGUUCCCUCCAGAGCUGAUGUUCCGUAAAAUGCGAGGCUUAAGUGAAUUUCCGGAAAACGUCUCAGCCGUUGGCGAUGUCCUGUCUCACCUAACUUCCUCGGUUGACCUGGACUUCGGUGCGCACCAUCCCCUCCAUGUGACCAUGCUGCCCAACCCCUCGCACCUGGAAGCCGUGAACCCUGUGGCAGUCGGGAAGACUCGGGGGAGGCAGCAGUCCAGGCAGGAUGGGGACUACUCCCUAGACAGUUCAGCUCAGCCUGGGGACAAAGUCAUCUGCUUACAGGUUCACGGUGAUGCUUCUUUCUGUGGUCAAGGGAUUGUUCCCGAAACAUUUACACUCUCUAAUCUCCCACAUUUCAGAAUUGGUGGGAGUGUCCAUUUGAUUGUCAAUAACCAGCUGGGUUACACCACUCCUGCAGAAAGAGGAAGGUCUUCCUUAUACUGUAGUGACAUCGGGAAGCUGGUGGGCUGCGCCAUCAUCCACGUCAAUGGAGACAGCCCAGAGGAAGUGGUGCGGGCCGCACAACUGGCAUUCGAAUACCAGCGCCAGUUCCGGAAAGACGUGAUUGUUGACUUGUUGUGCUACAGGCAGUGGGGCCACAAUGAGUUGGACGAGCCCUUCUUCACCAACCCGGGCAUGUACCAGAUCAUCAGAGCCCGGAAGAGCAUCCCCGAUACGUAUGCAGAGUACCUUAUGGCCAACGGACUCACAACCCAGGAGGAAGUGUCGGAAAUCAAAGCCUCCUACUAUGUGAAGUUAAAUGGCCAUUUGACUAAUGUGGCCCACUACAGGCCCCCUGCCGCGAGCCUGCAGGCCCACUGGCAAGGCUUGGUUCAGCCAGAAGCUUGUAUUACCUCCUGGAACACAGGUGUGCCCCUUGACCUCCUGCGGUUUAUUGGCAAGAAGUCUGUGGAGGUUCCUGAGGAGCUCCAGAUGCAUGGUCACCUUCUGAAGAUGCAUGUGCAGUCUCGAGUGGAAAAAGUGAUGGAUGGAACAAAGUUAGACUGGGCCACGGCAGAAGCUCUUGCGUUAGGCUCGUUGCUUGCUGAAGGUUUUAAUGUCCGUCUGAGUGGCCAAGAUGUGGGCCGUGGAACUUUUAGCCAGAGGCAUGCAAUGGUUGUUUGCCAGAAGACAGAUGACACUUAUAUCCCCCUGAACCAUAUGGACCCUAAUCAAAAGGGGUUUCUAGAGGUCAGCAACAGCCCACUGUCAGAAGAGGCUGUCCUGGGAUUCGAGUAUGGGAUGAGCAUUGAAAGCCCUAACCUGCUGCCCCUCUGGGAGGCUCAGUUUGGCGAUUUCUUCAAUGGUGCCCAGAUCAUCUUUGACACGUUCAUCUCUGGAGGCGAGGCCAAGUGGCUCCUCCAGAGCGGCAUCGUGGUCCUCCUUCCCCACGGGUACGACGGGGCUGGGCCGGAGCACUCGUCUUGUCGGAUAGAGCGUUUCUUGCAGAUGUGUGACAGCGCAGAGGAGGGUGUGGAUGGGGACACUGUGAACAUGUGCGUGGCUCACCCCACCACGCCCGCCCAGUACUUCCACCUGCUCCGGAGACAGAUGAUUCGGAACUUCAGGAAGCCCCUCAUCCUUGCUUCUCCGAAGACACUGCUCAGGCUCCCUGCAGCUGUAUCAGCUCUUCAGGAAAUGGCACCAGGAACAACAUUCAAACCGGUCAUUGGAGAUUCAUCUGUGGAUCCAAAAAAAGUUAAGAGUCUGGUGUUCUGCUGUGGCAAACAUUUCUAUGCCCUGAUGAAGCAAAGAGAAUCUUUGGAGGCCAGGAAGCAUGACUUUGCCAUCAUCCGAAUAGAAGAACUCUGUCCUUUCCCACUGGAUUCACUGCAGCAAGAGAUGAACAAAUAUAAACACAUUAGAGAUUUUAUCUGGAGUCAGGAGGAGCCUCAGAACAUGGGUCCUUGGUUUUUUGUUUCUCCAAGGUUUGAGAAGCAACUGGCCUGCAAGCUCCGUCUUGUAAGCCGACCCGCGUUGCCAGUACCGGCUGUGGGAAUCGGCACCAUUCACCUACAGCAGCAUGAAGAAGUCCUCACUAAGACCUUCACCCCAUGA